AUGCACGUUGUCGACAUCGCCAAUACCAGAGCUCAGCUUGCAUCCAAGGGCCUCCAAGUCCAUCUCUAUCAGCAGAGCCGGCCACAGCCUUUGUUGAGCAUGAGCUCCUCUCCGGACCAAGACCCUUCCACUGAAGAAACCUCGCUUCAUCAAGCCGUCGAAGGCACCACGAUCGCUCGAACCACAAUACUCGCGACUACGCCCGCCCUUCAUGGCGUCAAUUUAGCGUCCACUAUGGUGCUCGAGGUGCUCGUAGCCAAUCUAACCGGCUCUCUUGUGCAGACUGUUCUCAAACGCGAAGGUCUUGUCCUCCCCUCCGAGACCGCCCAGGCUGAACCGAGCCGUCUACGGAGCAGCGGGACUUGGGAUGGUGCCUGA